AUGAACCAAACCGUUACUGGCUUUGUUAUUCUGGGAUUUUCAAGCUUGGGAUCAUUGCGUCAUCCGCUCUUUGGAAUUUUGCUUUUCAUUUAUUGUCUAAUAAUUAUUGGUAAUGUAACCAUAGCUCUUAUCAUCUGGAUUGAGCCACGUCUGCAUACACCCAUGUAUAUGUUUGCAGGAAUGUUGUCCUUUCUAGAUAUAUGUUACACUGCGGUCACAAUUCCACAAAUCUUGGUCAUCUUUUGGAUUGGAAGAGUCCAUAUUGCCUUCAGUGGCUGCCUACUUCAAAUGUAUUUUUUCCAUUCUCUGGGGAUAACUGAAAAUUAUCUUUUGACCAUUAUGGCCUAUGACCGUUACAUCGCCAUUUGUAACCCUCUGAGAUACUCUACUAUCAUGACUUCUAGAUGCUGCAAGUGUCUUGUAUUUGCUUGUUGGUUAUGUGGCUUUUUGAGUCCAGUGACCAAACUGAUUUUGGUAACUUUUUUACCAUUCUGUGGAUCUAAUGAAAUACACCAUCUUUUCUGUGACCUGUCUCCUCUUUUACAUCUCGCUUGUGCAGAUACUUUUCUCAAUGUUAUUACUGACUUUGUCAUCAACUCUUGCAUCAUUAUUUUAACUUCUGCAUUCAUUGCCUUGACCUACACAAAAAUCCUCAUUACAAUUAUCUUGAUGAACAGUACGGAAGGACGUAGAAAGGCGUUCUCAACAUGUGCAGCUCAUAUUACAGUUGUGCUGAUAUUUUUUGGAAGUGUAGCCUUCAUGUAUGUAAGACCGCAGAGAGUUUAUGCACCUGAAUAUGACCAACUGGUAACUAUUAACUAUACCAUAUUGACCCCAUUGUUAAAUCCUGCAGUGUACAGUCUAAGAAACAAGGAGAUAAAGGGGGCACUUAAAAAAUAUCUUCAGAUUUACUAG